UACACGUGAUAUCACAUCUCUAACACAUGGUCGAAAAAAAAGAGUGAAGAUGGAAUAUCUACCCGAAACUUCAUCGACCCAAACAAACAUGAUCCUGUGUUGUUCAUGUGGCACAGCCAUAGAGCCUAACCCUACGAACAUGUGCAUUGCGUGUCUCAGGGCAGAUGUUGACAUCACAGAAGGAAUCCCUAAACAAGGGACCAUCUACUUUUGCAGGAAUUGUGAAAGAUAUCUUCAGCCUCCUAGUGCCUGGGUAGCAGCAUCACUAGAGUCCAGAGAGCUGUUAACAGUGUGUCUGAAGAAACUGAAGGGGCUUAACAAGGUUCGUCUGGUGGAUGCUGGGUUUAUAUGGACUGAGCCUCACUCUAAGAGAAUCAAAGUGAAAUUGACCAUACAGAAGGAGGUAGUAAAUGGUGCUGUACUGCAGCAGGUGUUUGUGGUGGAGUUCACAGUAAACAACCAGAUGUGUGACGACUGUCACAAGGUGGAGGCCAAGGACUACUGGAAGGCAUGUGUGCAAGUCAGACAGAAGACUUCCCACAAGAAGACCUUUUUCUACUUGGAGCAGCUGAUACUGAAGCACAAUGCCCAUGCUAACACUGUCAGUAUAGUCCCAGUGCCAGAUGGAAUUGACUUCUUUUACCACAAGAAGGAAGAGGCCAGGACAAUGGUGAACUUCUUGCAGGCUGUGGUCCCUUGUAGGUAUCAAACGUCACAGCAGUUGAUUUCUCAUGAUGUUCACAGUAACACCUACAACUACAAGACGACUUUCUCAGUGGAAAUUGUGCCUAUUUGCAAGGAUAAUGUGGUGUGCCUGCCCCCCAAGCUGGCCCAGUCCCUGGGGGGUAUGAACCCUAUAUGUCUGUGUCAGAGGGUCACCCAGACCAUACACUUGAUUGAUGUCAACACACUGCAGAUUGCUGAGAUGAGUGGCACAACAUUCUGGAGAACUCCCUUCAGCAGUUUGUGUGAACCUAGGAACUUGACGGAGUUUGUUGUCAUGGACAUCCAGAUUUUAUUUGACCACGGGAAGCAGGGGACAGUAAGGGGACCCGUUUCUCAAAAGCAUGUGCUGGCUGACGUGUGGGUGGCCAGACCCAGCGAGAUGGGAGAGAAGCAAUAUUUCUGUAGAACCCACCUGGGACAUCUGCUCCAGCCUGGGGACUCUGUGCUGGGGUUUGAUUUGAACAACAGUAAUGUCAAUGAUAAAUACUUGGAGAGUCUACCUGCUGAUAAGAUACCAGAUGUGGUGAUUGUCAAGAAGAUUUAUGACAAGAGCAAGCGUCAAAGGAAGAGGAAGUGGAAGCUGAAGAGAUUGGAGCAAACAGAAAAAGAGGAGACUUCCAGUAUUGAGAGGGAUUAUAAUGAUUUCUUGGAUGAUUUGGAGGAAGACCCAGGACUGAGGCAAAAUGUCAAUAUAUACAAAGAUGCACAGAAAUUGGCAGUUGACCAAGAUGACACCAGUGAUGAUGAAGACGUGCCACACAUAAGCCUGCAGGAAAUGCUGGAUGACUUGCAUAUUUCUGAGGAUGCAACUGGGGAAGAGGGGGCGGCCAUGAUGGAGUGACAAAACUAUAGAGGGCACUGCAUGUUUUGUGACUGGAAACAAUAUGCAAUGAUUGCUAAAUUUUGAUGAAUAAUUGUCAGAAAGUGAUAAGCUCUUAUGCUGAAACACUGUUGGCUAUGCCUUGCAUGUUUGUAGAGAUGCAUUGAAAAGAAGAAAGGAAAAAGUAGCCAUGAUGCUGUGACUGAACCCUACGGGGCAUCACAUUUCCCGUUUGAAAUUAGGGUUUUGUCAGGCGAAGAGGGAUUUUCCUCUAUUUAUUUAUUAAUAACAAAUAUUUCAAUAUUAUGAGGUUAUCUUUAUUAUAGUCUUGCUGGGUCUUGGUUUUAAGAACAUUUAAUGUGAUGUGUUGUUUCAGUUUGACUUGUUCAAAUCAUAUUUGCUUUAUGGUAUGUUUAAAGUAAAAUUUAAGACCCCAUUUCAAGAGAUUAGAUAUCGAUCUACUUUAGAUUGACCUAACUCCCGGG